UCGAACCAUGACGAGAACCAGAGUGAGUUGCUGAAUCGCAAGCAAGCACAAUGAAAUGAUUAUGGAGUCACCAGUCAGAAUAUAUUUAGGUGCAGCACUAGUAGUAACGAUACUACUGCUAUGCAGUACUACAGCGAAUGGAGGGGCACUACCUGAACCCACCGCCACCACAAGAGAAGUCAGAAUCACUUCCAGAUUCUCUAGAACAAACACUACAUUAGCUACCACCAGAAAAUCUAAAACUCCAGAUGUAGCAUUAAAUGAACUACAUCCCAAAGAUUCUGUGUUAGAAGAACAUACAGAAAAGAAUGCUAAGUAUAAAGACAGAGGAAGAAUUAGGUAUAAUCUUAAACCGAGUACAGAAAGUUCUAUUCGAAGAAUUAGAACGUCCACUAUAAAAACAGCGGCGCCAUCUAGUACGGGAACGCCGAAGUUAAUAAUAGUUACACCAACACCUGAAAUCAAGAAGCCAGCGCAAAUCAUAGAUGGAAUGAAAACUUUUAAGAAAACUAAAAUGCCAGUGUCAAGCUCCACCACGCCGGUGUCAAGUUCUACCACGCCCAUGCCAAAGUCUGUGGCGUCGGAAGAAGAAGAAGAGGAGUAUGAAGACGAUGAAGAAGAGGAAGUGACGGAACCUUUUGAAAAAUACACUUCUGGCAAAUUUGACUCCAACUUCUUUACAAUCCCAAAUUACAAUAUCGAUUUUCAUCACGACUCCGUAGGUUCAGACAACAAAGUGAAAUCAGAAUACAGUAGUAGUCCAUAUAAUUCGUUCUCCAGUUAUUUUCCUGAAGUAAGCUAUGACCCCAACUAUCACGAUAAACCUUAUAAAGUUGAAAAUUUUUUCAAUUUUGAUUCUGAUUUAACUACGCCAAAAAAUGAUUUCUUCGAUAAGAAGUUUCAUGAAAUUUCUUCAAGCAUAAUAAAGAAUUUAGAUACCAUCAGAUCUAAACAACCGCCUACACCAAGCACCACAAAUACUUAUAAAGUCAUUAAAGAAAACAUGAGACCUACAAUUUUAAGCAAUGUUAGUCCUAAAAAUCAAUCAACUGUAAUUUUUAAGAAUACUAAAGAAAUUCGUCUUUUAGACAACGACGAGGCUGGUACAGCAAAUAAUAAAGAACUAUCUGACGUACACGGUACAAGUAUUUAUUAUGAAGUGUCCGUUUUGUCGACUGAAACUUACAAUUUGAAUUCAAACGACGAUGACUGCGAUAAUGACACGCUGCCUGCCGAUCCAACUGCUAGCACAUCAGUUGAACAAGAAUUAGUAUCUCUAAAAACUACACAGCCAACGCUUUUAUCUUCAACGAAGGUGGCCCCUAAAGACUUAAAGUCUGAAAAAUCUGAAGCAAUAUCAACAUUAUCGCCUAACUAUUUACCGUUCUUACGUUCAGAUUCACCAUUAUUUGGCACGGCCACUCCAAGUUCUAUUCCUGUUUCUACACAAAAUUCAGUGUCUUCUACUGAAAAAUCAAAACGAAUGUAUUCAAGUAGCAUCACUAGAAACAGAAGUUAUUCCAAGCGCCUGAAUGCAUCUGGUGCUAAUGAUUCGCCUAACAACGUUACACCUAGAGUAGAGUCGUCGACUGUACAACAAGUGCAUAGAGUGCCAACGCGUAAGUUCCACUACACUACUCCUAAGACUAAACCUGUUUGGAUGGCUCCUAGAAGAAACGUAACAAGAACCUCUUACACCAGAUCCACAAUACCUACUACGAUUUAUUCGGAAUAUUUCAGUAUCAAAGACAAACUUUCCACGACUACUCCAAGAUCGAAACAAUCUUCUAGAACAUCUUUGACCACAGUGUCGUCAGAAAUAGACCCAGUGUUGCAAAGUGAUGUCAGUGGAGUAAAAAAGAUAGUUCAUUCGCAGGCGAUAUCUGAUAAUAGUAUACCGACUUUAUGGAAGAGAGGUUCGACGAAGUUUUCGUCGUCGACAGCUUUGCCUGCAGAGGUGGAAUCUGAUACCAGUGACAUGGAGAUCCCUCCGACGCUGACUGCAUGGGCUCUGGCAAGCUUAAGAAGCACGCCUGUCCAGGCGAGCCCGACGAUAAACGUGACAGCCGCAACGCAGAAAAGUAUCGACGAAAAUGAAUUACAAAAAGUCGGACAAAUGCCAGACAAGAAAGAAACGACAACGACUUCGACUACGACCACGACCACUGGUAUCAACAACGCUAUAAUUUCCGAAAAAUACACAGAACUGAUUCAGAAUAGACAACCUUGGCGACCUGCAAAACCUAUUAUACCUCCAAGCACUACCAACCUUAUAACUUCAACAGUCACUGAAAGUAAGUUAGAGAAGCAGCCUGCCGAGAGCAAUAUUUCUUUCCAAAGCAGCGCCAAGCAUAAAGCUUCAACUGAAAACAUGAAUGUGGGUUCUACCGGUCCAACUAUAGAAACAGAAAAAGAAUUGGUACAAGCACUGAAAAACACGGAAACGACUACAGAAGAGGUACAAGAAACAAUUCCUCCGGUUGAUGCUCCAAAGUCAACCGGUUUCGAAUCGAUUACGAAACUCCCUGCUGGCAUGACUACGCCACACGACGAGACCACUGGUUCUGAUCCAAGCCAUGAUGUUACAGAAGCACCCACUACAACGGACUAUGAAAUUACUACUAUUCGAUUCUCUUAUGUCCCUACCGAAACAACUGAAUCUCAAGAGAAAGUUAGUACAUCUAAUUGGCAUACAUUGUUUCCUACUAGAACUAAAUCAACAACAAUAAAAGAUGAGCCAAUUACAACAUAUAGACCUAAAUAUAUAACGUCGACUGAUGUAGAAGUAGAAACAACUACUGUAAUCCUUGAAACAACGCCAGGUUUAGAACUAUCUUCACAAGUUGUUGAACAUGUGACCGAAAUACCACUUACUAUUCUAACAGCGAAAACUACGGAAGAAGUAGAUUUACAAAAUGAAACAACAACUGAGAAGCUGACUGUUAAACCUAUGACUACAACCAAUAAGACACCAGUUGAAACUACGCCAGUACCUACUACUGAAGAGUUUGUGGAAACAACUACAAUAAUUGUAGAAAUUGCAACAGAGAUUAAUUCUGAAAGAUCGAAGCUCCCAACAACAAGCACUGAAGUUUCGUUAAGUACAGAAAUAUCAUCGAUUGAAGUGACUGAAACUACACCCAGUGAGUUUCGUGAUAGUAGUUCUGAAGAGAAUAGCGGUAGUAAUGAAGUUAUUACUCAAGAGACUACAAAAAUGUCACCGUCUGUCUCAACAACUAUAAGACCACGAAUAACAACUGUAACUACACAAGAAACAAUUACAGAAAAUGAAGAGCCUACGACAGUAACGGACGUAAAACCAACGACUACUCAAACUGCAAAGAUUUCUGAGAUGACUCAACACGACACGACGCUAGAAUCUACAACAGAUAUUACGACAACGGAGGAUUUGUCAAACUUCAAUGUAGAGGUUACGACCGAAGCUUCUUCAAGGGUGCUAAGUGAAGAUUCUGGCUCAGGAGCAGCAGUGGCUAUUGCUGUUAGCACGAUUGGAGUCAUCGCGCUGAUACUGCUGGUUGGACUAUUGCUCGUGGUUCGCCGCCGCGGCCGCCGCGGGGUGUAUGCUCAGCGAUGUACUCCUGUCUCCCUGGACGCUUAUAGCCUGGACAGCGUCAGUGUCGGGCAUAGGAAAGGUAACCAAAGGCUGCGGGCUAGCAAGAGGAGCUAUGGAAACCCAGCCUAUGAUGAUGAGGUCACCUCCCAUCCGAUGCAGUAUGCAGCCCUCGCCAACUUCGCCCUGGACGUGGAUUCUAUGUCAACAGAGUUUGCAGAGAUCCCAUCCGUCACCGUCCGUCCUGACGAGGUGCCUCCAGGCUGUGAGGAUAAGAACCGGUAUUCGAACGUGCUGCCGUUACCGGAGACCAGGGUCCCCUUAAAGAGGAUUGGCAAUGAUCACACUUCAGAAUACAUUAAUGCCAAUUAUAUUACGGGUCCAGGUAACAUAAAAGGUUACUAUAUCGCAUGCCAAGCCCCACUACACAACACCGUGGUGGAUUUCUGGCGAAUGGUGUGGGAACAGAAUUCAAGGGUUAUUGUCAUGUUGACCGAGUACAUGGAGAACGGAGUUGAAAAAUGCUACGAAUAUCUUCCACCAUCAGAAGUAUCAGACAACAAGCGAACAUUCGGAGAGUAUCAAAUUAUCCUCAUGAAACGAGAGCAGCGUGACAAGUACGCCAUAUCUAGCGUCCAGGUCAUUAACUUGGCUACCAGAACCUGGAGAGAAGUGACUCAUCUGUGGUACUUCUGGCCAGCAAAAGGAGUACCUGAUGAUUAUGAGUCGGUGUUGGAGUUCUUGUCAGAGAUGAGAAGCUAUAUGAAGAUAGCACAGACUGCCAAAGAAUAUGAUGAAGAAGGAGUAGAAGUAAUCUACGGCGACCAGAACCGUUCAUCGUUCCACAAUUUGUCCAAGCUACGCAGUGACGAGAACAACUCUGGCAAUGGCGUCAACGUAUACUCUCCGGCAAGGGCUGAGGAGCAGCUGCGCAGGGGCAAUACUACUAAUGGCACGCUGAGCAGAAUGAAGGCGGCUUCUGAGGUCGAAGGUGUGAGACCCUGCGUAGUAAUGUGCGCAUCAGGCGCAGGCAGGUCAGCAGCAAUGAUAGCCGUGGACAUCUGCACGCGAGCGCUGGCAGCGGGCAUCGCUGACGUGCCUCGAGUUGUGCGAGAGCUUCGCGCGCAACGUCCUCACUCGCUCUCCAAUAGGCAUCACUAUAUCUUUUUGUAUAAGGUUCUGAGUGAAUACGGUAACAAGUUGAUGGGUGGUGGAGUAGACACGAUCUAAGUCCAGGUCAUCGCUAAGUUCAUUUGCGUAAAACUAGGACAUCUUCAUGCGAAACAAGUUCCAUGACAAUUGUUAUAUUUCCUAAGUUUAUUGAGAAAACAUUGGAUUAAUAAUUUAAUAUACCAAAGUAUAAGUUACUAGAUCUCUAGAUAUUGUCGCUCAAAAAAGAAAUAUAUUUUGUUCGAGCAUUUUUUAUCUGUUACAUAUUUCGUUCCCAGAUUACGUAAUGAUAUUUAGAUCAUUUAGAUUUUGAUAAGUUUGUAUAUAAAUAUUUGUUCAUUUUAUUUGACGAACAAUUUUAUUUUUAUUUAUUUUAGAGAUCAUAUUUUCACUAGUCUGUAUAUUGAAAAGUCCCUGUUUAAGGGGUUUUUGUUUCCUGUUUUUUUAAUUCAGAAGUCUAGCAUAAUAUGUCACAAUCUACCAUAAUAAAGAAUAAUAAAAUUAGUGUGUGAGAUCUGCUGUGAUUUCUACUAACCUUAUUCUAAGCUGUAAAAAUACUAACCUGAUUUAAUACAUAGAAUUAAAUACUCUGUGGUAUUUUGUGAGUAGCUGGUUUCAUAUUGACCAUUUUUUUUCUGGCUUACUGGAAAAUUAUAAAGUAUUUAUAAUAGAGGAGGUAAGAAAACGUAUGUAGCUCCGAUUGGUUUGUAUUUCAAUUCAGCAAAUGUUUUUGAACUUGCUUUUUUACUUUCACUAUAGUUUUUAUUAUAAUUAUUUGUUACGAAAGUUUGAGGGUAAUACGUAAUAUUGAAAAGUAUCUUAACUGAUGGGACGCUUUCUAAGUACUUUACAAAUAUUUUGUUAAAGUGUUGUUACACAUUUUACUAAUUAAUUAUAAGUUUGUUAUGUAUAUAUGUAAUAUUUCAAUGCAGCUAACGGAAAUGUCGGGAAUAAAUUUGUUUA